UAUACAUAUAUGUGUUCGUGUAGUUAGUUUUGCAUAUAGUAGUGUUGCAAGGUCGCAACAAAGUUGUACUUGUAAAUGAUCAUUUUACCGCGCUUUGCAAAUUAAUUCCUUUCAAAUGUAAUUGAAUUAAUACAGCGAGGUAGAUAGGGUUACAAAGGAUGCACCUUUCUUAUUCGAUUCAGGGCUCUUUAGCGGAAGUAGAACCGGUUUAAGCUCGGUUUUUUCUCGUGCCAAAAAAAACAGCUGAUAGAAAUGCUGCUGUUGGGAUGGCUGUUGAAUUUAUUUUUAACAAGUUGAAGUCUGUGAUAAAUUCUACACUUAAUUUUUAGUGUUUUAUUAUUUCUAUUUUAACAAGUAUUUCAUCCCCUUUCUGAAUAUGAUAGGGAAAAAUGAGCAAGCCAAGGAAAAUUCAAAUUCGUGUCCAGAUCGAAUCAAAUUAAUCACCGAGAAAAGGCAAUAUCUGGAGGAUACAUCUGCACAGGCACAAAGUGAAAUAAAACUCUGCUUCAAGCGACUGGUUGAUGUCAUAAAAUCCAGAGAAAAACAACUUUUACGCCAGGUUGAUGCCAUUCACCGACAACAAUUGUCCCUUGUACAGUCAAAUUUAAAACUCCAUUCUUCCAUACCUUCAUUAAUUGUUAAUCUCAGUAAAGAAAAUGAUCUCGAGAAGGAAGUGUUACAAUUCGGUAAAAUCGAAUUAUCCGACAAUAAUUGUAUAAUUAAUGAUGCAGAGCCCUAUAAAGUUGAGGAUUAUCAAGAAGCGAAUCGAGAUCAUGUCAGUUUUGAUAAGGAAUUGCAAAUCGAGAAAACAGAAAGUCCGUCCAAUUCAGAAAUACAAAAUGAAUGUUUUGAAACAAAAAUCGUUUCAACUAAAUCAUGGGAUUUAAAUUCAACGGAAUUAAUGAACAUUCAAUUAAUUGAUGACGAUUUUGAUGAUUCUUGUGUGACAAAUCCAGAAAUUAGUCUGAUGGAAUUGUUCGAUUACAGUUUAUGUUGUCGAGGAACUGAACAUUCUUCAAAAGAACAUCAUUUUACAAUAGUUGAAAAAGCUUCAGUACAAACAAGAAAUAAGGAGAAUAUUUCGGAUAUUGUCGAAGAGAAAAAGGAAUUUCAUAAAAAUCACAAUGUAUCGACUGACGAUUCUGAACAUCCAAAACAAGUUCAACAGUGGUUGCAGCAGAUCUUAAUUGAAACAGAAACAGAACCGAAUGUACCUGAAAUAGAACAAUUCUCGGAAAUCCCUAAGAGCCGAGUCUUCCCUGAUUUUCCACUGGAAACAUAAUAAGAAAAAAAUAAAGUCAAAUGUCAAAGAGGACUUUGAUUUUGAAUUACUUUUCUUUUAAUUUUAAAUAUUGCUCUAUAAGGGGGCCAAAUUUCUAUAUAAAUAUGGAAAUGGAAUUCGUACCGAAAAGUCUGAUUUUUCUUUAUACUAUUUCUAUACUGUCCAACUAAUUUAUAAUUUUUCUAAAACAGUCUGUAUUUGAAAGCCAUAUGUACUUAUUUUACUUAUAUUUUCUUCGUUUAUUAUUUAUGAAUUUCUUAGUAAUAAUAAUAAUAAUAAUAAUAAUAAUAAUAAUAAUGUGAAAGCGAGAAUGAUUGUGUCUAAACGAGAGAAUGAAAAUAAAUUAUUCGAAUCCAA